ACUUACACAUACCAAAGCCAACUUAAUUAUUUACAUACAUCUACAUAAACACAACAAUGGGAAAUUGCAUAGUUCAUCAAGAAAAAGUUGUCAAAGUGAUGAAAACAGAUGGAAAAAUUCUUGAAUACAAAGCUCCCAUAAAAGUCCAUCAAGUAUUAUCACAAUUUUCUGGCCAUGUAAUAUCUAAUUCCCUUCAAGUCAUUGAUCAAAAUCUUCAACCAGAUGAUGACAUGCUAGGUGGAAAAAUUUACUAUCUUUUGCCUAUAUUACCUCCAAAACCAGCCACAAAAAAGAAGGUCAAAUUUGCUGAUGAUCAAUUAGUUGAAGAAAAAACUAAGCAAAAUACAGAGGUUGUAAGGAUUAAACUUGUCAUUACUAAAAAAGAGCUUCAAGCUCUGUUAAUGAGUAUUGAAGGAGGAUUAAUCACCGUUGAUCACAUCGCGCAUCGUACAAAUGACAUCAAGAGUUCUGUUAUUGAAGAUAAUACUGAUCGAGGUAAAGGAUGGAAACCUGUUCUUGAUGAUAUACCUGAACUCAACUAGAAAAGAGUCUUUGGGCUUUUUUGUCAGUUGUUGUAAACUUAUUUAAUAUAACUAGUCACCUUACAAUUGCAAAGAGUAAAGAGGCCAAUUAAUAACUCUGGUUCAGUUUUACUUAAAAAAAAAAAAAAAUAGGAAUUAGCGAAGGACAAAUUCUGUAGUUAAACAGCAAAAUCCGUUGCUAAUUAGCUACAAGAAAAUUAGCAAUGAAGUUCGUAGCUAAAUCCAAUUUUUUUUCUAGUAUAAUUAAUUUCUUCUCCUAACUUGGUAGUUUCAACAAGUGAAACGUGACAUAAAGCAAAAGCUAGUUGAUCUUAAUUUCUACACCUCAAACUCUCCCUCUACCCUUAUUUUCAAUCUAUGUUGCUUUGGAUCCUUCAAAAACGGCAACGCACCACGUAUCGGAUCCUCCAAACAUGCAAUAUUUUUGAAAAAUCUGACAUGAUGCGGUAACAAUUUUGGUAAUAAUAAAAUAUAUAUAAAGCCUGUUCUAGUCUUCUAGAUAGUAUACCUGAACUCGGCAAGCAAACAACCUUGUGACUUUCUUUUUAGUUUUUGUAAACUUUUUGUAAUAUAACUAGUCAC